CUCUAAAGUCAGUUAGUGAAUCAGUCUCUAAAAAACAUUUAUUAGGUUGCAGAUUUUGCACCCGAAUUGCAGUGUGGUACAGUCCGCUGACUCCGAGCCCUUUCCUUGCGCUGCCGUGGAGGUGGCCACGUUCCCGAAAGGACUUCACCCUUUCAUCUCUCUGUGCACUGCGCUUGUUGUGAUUUCCUUGGUUGUUUCCGGGUCCUACUUGAUCUAUUCUGUGCAUAAUGGAUCAGUAAAGUUCGAGUGGAACGCAAGGACGCAGGCGUUUGUCGAGGGCACAGGGAGGCGAAUCUUCCUUUUGACACUCGGCGAGACGGUCCAGAAACUAUUGAGCAAUGGAGAGGAACCGCUGGCAUUGGAAUUUGAAUCUCUGAAGGAACAGUCUCCUACUAACACAGUAAAGGUCGCCAGUCUUACUUCGAACAAGUACAAGAACCGUUACGCAAAUAUAAUGCCAUUUGACAAAACCCGAGUGAUUCUAAAACGAUUUAGCGACGAUCCAUACAGCGACUACAUCAACGCGUCAUACGUACAUAGUUUUAGCAAGAAUAAGAGGUUCAUCGCUACACAAGGCCCGAAGAAUACGACAGUGCAAGACUUUUGGCGGAUGAUUUGGGAACAGAAUGUCUACGUCAUCAUUAUGGUCACGAGUUGCAAUGAGGGAGCGAAGAAUAAAUGCAGCCAAUAUUGGCCGCACGUGAAUGAAGCCCCGUUUUGCUUUCCUCGCGAGGGCCUUACCGUCUACACUACGAAGGAGUCCACCAAGAGCAGUUAUGUCGUACGCAGGAUUCAAAUUAUAAAGGGAGACGACCAACGCAAUUGCCUCCAGUACCAAUACUUGGAGUGGCCUGACAUGGGUUGCCCGGCGUCGCCCAACGCCCUCGUCUCCUUCGUGGCGGCAGUGAGGCCCGUCUUCGCCCUCUGGGAUUUCCACGUGGUCGUCCACUGCAGCGCCGGCGUGGGUCGCACAGGUACCUUCAUAGGCCUCCACAACAUCAUGCAGGAGAUAGAUCAAGGGAACUCCAUCGACAUCUACGAGUGCGUAUUAAAAAUGAGGGACUGCAGGAUGAACAUGGUCCAGACGCAGAGGCAGUAUGCUUACCUGUAUAAGUGUGCUCUCCAGUAUUAUAAGCAAAGAAAAACAGCAAGAAGUGGUUCUUCAUACCUCACUGAAGUUUAACACUGGGUGAGUGGGUGAAAAAUGGCUUCAUUGGAUGAAUGGCUUCUUUGAAAUGAAAGGAAAAACAGGAUACAAUGUCCAUUCUUGUUUGCACUGAAGGUUGACUCCAAAAGAGGAAAGGAUCAGAUGAUAUCAAAUAUGCAUUUUCAAUUCUCACAAAGAUUAUGAUGUAUUCUUAGUACUGAACUGUCCUUUAUUCAUUUUUUAUUGAUGGCAGAGAUGCACUUGAGAGGCUGGUAAUGACUGGCUGAAUACAACAGGCCCGAGUUACGGAGUUAUUAUCACCAACCUGUCAACCCAUCAGAAGUCAGCUGUUAAAUUCUGAUGCAUCUCUGCCUUGAUCAAAAGAAAGAAAAGAAAAGAAAAUGUCACUUUAGAUACUCUUGAAUGCUGUUGUAAAUUUUUAGUGGGACUGUUUUGUUUUCUUGUUUCUUGUAAAAAUAAUGUCAGUCACUCAAUAAUCCUAAUUUACAAUUCUAGAUAUAGAUUUAUAUAUCAAUCAGUCAGUUAUUCCAUUACUUGUGUUGCAACUUUGAACCACUUUAGAACAUUAAGAAAGGAUGACCAUUUUCGGAUUCAAGAAAAAAAAAAGUUAUUAAUUUGGAAUAUUGAACAUUUACACUGAACGACUAGUUUAGGAUUCAAGAAUCAUUGACUUGGAAUAUUUUAGUAAGAAUGACUAAUUUGUAAUAUUCAAGAAAGAUUAAUUGCUUUAGAAUAUUUAUGAAGGAUGACCAUUUUUGGGUAUUCAAGAAAGAAUGACCAAUUCAUAGUAUUUAAGAAAGAGUGAUACAUUUAGAAUAUUUAAGAUAGAAUGACCAAUUUAGGAUUUAAGAAAAUUAUCAAUUUAGAAUAUUAUUUUUUAGAAAGACCAGUUUACGAUUCAAGAAAAAUGGCUGAUUUUGAAUAACGAAUUUGGAAAAAAUAAGAGGCUGAAAAUUAUAGAAUACUCUGGAAUGAACAACCCAUCAGUAAUGGUCAAGAAGGACCAACACAGUAGGAAUGACUUUCUGAUAAUGAUUUGACUUAUUUAUUUAUAUAAUGCAAUGUAAAUGCAAGAUUGUAUGUAUGAACCUGGGAAGAAACCUUUGAAUCUUUCUUGAUGAACAACCUUUGAUUUUCUGUUAAUGAAUUAUCAACUAAGUUAAGAAUAUUAGACGUGCAAUGAGUUGUGGUUAAUGUUUGAACAGGGGUAUGAACUUACUCCAAGGUGCAGUCCAUAUGAUUUUGGGGAUUGAAAGUGUGUACAUUAUUUUUGGUUAUUACUGUGAUCUACUUUCAUAUAAUAUAAUGUAAGAGUGUGUGUGCUUGUGUGUGUAUCAACCUAGGAAGAACCACAGAAUCCUUAUUAAUGAUUACCAUGAAAUACAUUAUUUCUAACACCUUUAUAAAAACAAAACAUAUUCAUGUGUGUUGUCUUUUCCACCCUUGUCCUCCUAUAAUAAAAUUCAAAUUUAAAAUCCUGUAAUAAAAAUCCAAAAUGUGUUCAACCCCUAAAGUGGGAAUCAAAACAAUAUUGUUAAGAAAUAUACAAACAAUCAAUGAAUAAAUAAA